AUGGACAAAAAUCACAAGUAGGCAGAGAAGCAGGCAGAAGAGAAAGGGGGACACAGGCUCCCUGCUGAGCAGAGAGCCCGAUGCAGGGCUCGAUCCCAGGACCCUGGGAUAAUGACCUGAGCCAAAAGCAGAGGCUUUAACCCACUGAGCCACCCAGGCACUCAUCUUUUCUUUUUUUCUUUUUUUUUUUUUUUAAAGGUUUUCUUUAUUUAUUUGACAGACAGAGAUCACAAGUAGGCAGAGAGGCAGAUGGGGGAGGCAUGGGAGCAGGUUCCCUGCUGAGCAGAGAGCCCAAUGCUGGGCUCAAUCCCAGAGCCCUGAGACCAUGAGCCGAAGACAGAGGCUUAACCCACUGAGGCCCCGAGGCUCCCCAAGUCUUCCGGUGUGUUAGGUCGUGAAGUGGGUCUUCCUCUUGGCCUGAAGUCAGGGACGUGUUGAGAUCAUCUUUGGAGAGGGCCUCUGGGGGCUGGGCUGGCCAGGUGAGGAGGCAAGUCUGAAAGGAAUUCUUCCCACUUCUGUCCACAGCAAGGGCCUGGUAUGGGGAAUGGACAGUGCCCAGGGCCUCAAAGGAGGGCAAGAGAGAAGCCAAAGGACGGCCCCUCCAGGGGCCACACAGCCUUGAGCUACAAGUAUCUCAAAAUGUAGGGGCGAGCCUGAAUGUAAUGGUGUACUUCCCGGUGCAACCCAGACACACUUACACACGUACACACCUACCCUCCGCUGACUCGCGCACCACGAGGGCACGCACAGACACACAUUCACUCACAAGACAGUUCCACACUGGCCGUGUGCACAAGCACACCUCAACACACUUGCCUGUGCGCCAGACACGUGUCCUAAACAUGCACACGCAUGCACAAGCCUUCCCACGCUGAGGGAGGACAGGCCAUGUGGGAGAGAGCUGGCAUCAAAGGGGGGAAGGGAAUUCAGAAUGGGGGGAGGGACACGGGUGUGAAAAGGGAAGAAGGGGAAGGGGGAGCCUCCCUUGGGCCCUGUCAGCCUCCGACCCACCAGCACUAAGGCUCCAGCUGAAAACCCAGCCUUGCUGAUCCUUAGAAGCCGGCCUGCCCAGGCCCUGGGAGGGUAGGAUUAGGAAGGGAUGAACAGCUGGGAAUGGGCCAGGGCCAAUGGGGUGGGGGGCCGCGUGGGGGGGCGGAGACUGGAAAGAGGAAGGAGGAGGAGCUACGGAGGUGAGUAUCUGGGGAGCGGCUGGGCUGUUGGAAGCAUCAUCUUGGAGUAUUUUGUGAACUGUGGUUUGUAAAUGUGCAUGGUUUGGAAGAGGAGACCCUUCCCCGCCAGGAGACCUGGGGUAAGGUGGGAGCGGGCCACAACCGGCUGUACCGCUCCUUCCCAUGCCCUCACUUCCAGACUCUAAGGCCUGCUUCUCCCUGGGCCUCUGCCAGCCUGGGUUAGCACCUGGAGUGCAGUCGCCAAUUCAGAUGCCUUAAGGGAAGCAGAAACUCAAGUGUAAGGCAGCAGGUCCCCACCCCCUGCCAGAAGAAUCAGGCCUGUGGCGAGGGACAGAGUGCCCCGCUGCCAACAGCUGCUAAAACAAACCUAGGGGCUGCGGGCCCGGGACACUGAACCAGCCUCGAGUCUGCAACUCUGCCUUUCAGGCAGCCGAAGGCAGAAGACCAAGAGAUCCCCUACAUUGGCACAGGGAACGUACAGGUCCCCACGGCAGCCUCGAAGACUGCCCACACAGGACCCAGGAGGGGAGCAGGGCUGCAGGACACAGAAGGGGAGGCCUCAGCAGCCCGCUCCCCCGCUGAGCCCAAGGGAGCCAGUAUCCAUCAAAGGCAUAGGGGCCCAGCAGUCCUCCCAAAGACCCAGGCAGUUCAAGCGCCUUGCAGCUGCCAGCUUGGUGCGGUCAGGCUCUGGGUCUCAGCGCUCUGCAGAGGAGAGCCUGCUGCCCCUGACAGCCCGGCUACUGGCAGCGUUCCAGGAGAUCUUCAAACUGUUCAGCUCCGGCCCGACAGGCUCUGUGGAUAUGCGCAGCAUGAAAGCCACCCUGCGCGAUGUGGGCAUCCAGCUGAGCCCACAGGAGAUGUGCAAGGCCCUGCAGCAGGCAGACUUGGAUGGUGAUGGAACCGUAAGCUUCAAAGACUUUCUGGGUGUCCUCACUGACAGCUACCGCCUGGCUCAGUGCUUGGGCCAGGUGAGGAACCCCUGGGACCCCCAGGGCCUGCAAACCCUGUUCUUAGAGAUGCUGUUCAAGCUGAUGAACCAGGGCUUCCUGCCUCACAGGGUGGUGCAGGAAGUGAUGAGCUACUACACCAAGAAGCAGCGGGCUCUGCAGCUGAACCCCGGCUGGAAGGGCCGGUCCCGAGGGCGCAGCAGCGCUGGGCGCCCUCACAUGGGCCUCACCUUCUUCUGCCAGGCCGCGCGUCUCAGUGGCCUCUCCAGCACCGAGCUGGAGCGCUCCCUGCACAGACUGCACAAAGCGGGUGUGCACAGCCCCUACUCUCAGAUACCUAACUUGGCCGUGUGGACACCCCCGGAAGACAGGAUGUGGCACCGAGCCCCACGCCCCAAAGUCCGACUUCCCAAGUCCUGCCACUCCAGCCGCCACAAGCUCGUGCCCACCCAGAGAUCGCUCAGCCCAGAGUUCAUGGGCCAGCCACUAGACUAUCUGCGAACCUCGAAGAUGACUCCCUCCCCCCCAACUCUAGUGCAGAAGCAGCCCUACUCCCCUUCGCCAGCCUGUUUGCAGAAACCUGCUAUGAAAAAGUAAAGCAUUUGCGGAGCAGAACAGCCUGCGUGUGGU